AUGGAAAAGGGCGCAGUUGGAAGAAGCGAUCACCAGGAGUGGACUCCUAAACGGCGGAUGAAAUUAUUCUCGUGGGAUUCGUCAAAGGGGGAGGGGAAAGGAAGAGGAGAUCUGGAGGUGAUCUAUUCCAUUGACGACAACCCCCCUUGGUACCUGGCCAUAAUUCUCGGCCUGCAGCACUAUCUGACCAUGAUCGGUGCAUGCAUUUCUAUCCCCUUUGUACUGUCCCCCUUUCUGUGUAUAGCGAACAAUGGUCUAGCACUCUCUAGACUUAUCAGCACAAUCUUCUUCUGCUCCGGAGUGGCGACUCUGCUGCAGGCCACGUUGGGGGUCAGACUACCCAUUGUACAGGGGGGCACUUUCACAUUCAUCACUCCCACCAUCGCCAUACUCAGCCUACAUGGUGAAUGUCUAUCCCCUUUGUACUGUCCCCCCUUUCUGUGUAUAGCGAACAAUGGUCUAGCACUCUCUAGACUUAUCAGCACAAUCUUCUUCUGCUCCGGAGUGGCGACUCUGCUGCAGGCCACGUUGGGGGUCAGACUACCCAUUGUACAGGGGGGCACUUUCACAUUCAUCACUCCCACCAUCGCCAUACUCAGCCUACAUGGUGAAUGCGGCAACUCUUCAUCUGAAUGGAAAGAUAGAAUCGUGGAGGUCCAAGGGGCCAUCAUGGUCUCCUCCGUGUUCCAGAUCGUUCUCGGACUCUGUGGAGGAGUCGGGUUCCUUCUUCGCUUCAUUGGACCCCUCACUGUAACUCCUGCUGUUACUCUUGUAGGUCUGUCGCUGUUCGGAGCUGCUUCCAAUUACGCCAGUGCUAGCUGGCCAAUAACAGCCUUCGGAAUUGUCUCCAUCACUCUCUUCUCCCAAGUACUGUCCAGACUGUCUCUCUGUGGACUCCAAAUCUUCAAACUGUUUCCGGUUGUUUUUGGAAUGGGACUGACAUGGCUGCUGUGUUUUAUUCUGACAGAAGCAAAUGUGUUGUCGGAUGACCCGAACGACAGAGGGUACCGCGCGAGAACAGACAGCAACUCGGAUGUUCUCAGCGAUUCUAAUUGGUUCAGAGUGCCAUACCCUUGUCAAUGGGGAACUCCUAAAGUGACAGCGGCAGGUGUGUUUGGCAUGCUGGCCGGAGUACUCGCAGGCAUGGUGGAGUCUGUGGGGGACUACUUCGCCUGUGCCAGACUGAGUGGGGCUCCUGUGCCCACUGUGAGUGCCAUCAACCGGGGCAUGUUGGUGGAGGGGCUGGGUUGUCUUCUAGCGGGACUCAUAGGCACAGGCAACGGCACCACCUCCUACAGCGAGAACAUCGGAGCAAUCGGAAUCACAAAGGUUGGGAGUCGUCGUGUGAUUGUGUUUGGGGCCAUGAUCAUGGUCCUGGUCGGCUGUCUGUCCAAAGUGGGUGCCCUCUUCGCCUCUUUACCAGACCCAGUUAUAGGUGCAAACUUCUUCUGCAUGUUUGGGAUGAUAACUGCAGUAGGUCUGUCCAAUCUGCAGUUCGUGAACCUGAACAACAGUCGCAACCUCUACAUCCUCGGUUUCUCCCUCUUCGCUGGCCUCUCCCUCCCCCAGUGGAUCGCCCAGAACCCAAACUACGUCGACACUGGCAACGACGAAGCGGAUCAGAUCAUAGAAGUCCUCCUCAGUACUGGAAUGUUCAUCGGGGGUCUGUGUGGUUGUGUGCUGGACAACCUGAUCCCUGGAAGUGCCGAAGACAGAGGAGUUCACAAGUGGAGACGUCUGCAACACUCAUCCCUACAUCCGGGAUCCGAUACCCGAAAACCCAGUCGAACUUCCCCCGCCAACCGCUCGGACAAAAAAUCAAGUAAGCGACCCAUCUCUGCCACCGAUCAUUCCACGGGCAAGCCUCAAAACCGAGGGUACAAAACACAAGCUACAGCCACUGCUGGUGUAUCGAACAUCUCCACAUAUGACAUCCCUUAUAUCACCAAGUACCUGGAUAGAAUACCAUUGGCACGUUUUAUCCCCAUAUGUCCAAUUUUCAUGCGCCCAAAAACACCCGAUGAAGAUGAUAGUGAAAGGGGGAGAGGAGAGGAAGACGAGGGCGGUUUCUAUCCUGCAAUUAUGGACGAAGCAUUCACCAACGGGAAAAAUAAAGCUUGCGUUUAUACUGUGACUUCAAUGUGAUACCAGUGAAAACUAAUUUUAUAAAAACAAUUAACGUUUUUCUAAAUAAUUCU